AUGGAAUCAGAGUCCUGCACCCAAGCAUUGUCCCAGGCCCGAGUAUAUCUUGAGCAAAUUCGGAGCCGAGUCACACCAGGGAAUGCAGACGUACAUGGAACAGGAAAGCGUGAUUACCUGGUGGAUGCAGCGAAGCAGAUCCGUUUGGCUUUGGAGCGGGAUGUGAGCGAAAACUAUGAAGAGGCAUUCAACCACUACAAGAAUGGCGUGGAUGUUCUGCUCAAUGGGGUUCAGGUGGAUCCUAACAAGGAGCGCCGUGAGGCUGUGAAGCGCAAGAUCACCAAGUACCUGAAACGUGCUGAGGAGAUAUUCAACUGCCAUCUACAAAGGACUUUGGGGGAUGGAAAUUCCACUAAUACGGGUUACAGCAGCCUCCGCUUUCGGCCAAUAAGGACACUCAGCACACCAGUGGAAAACCUGAGGCACUGUAAAGUUGUAGGAGUAAUUGACAAGGUACAGAUAGUGCAGGACCCGGCAACUGGGGCAACCUUUAUACUGAAGAGCCUCACCAAAUCCCAUGUAGAGACCCGUGGAAGACAGACAAUCAUCCCACAUGGAAUCCCUUUCAUGGCUGAAUUGUUGCGCUACUAUGUGAGCGAAGACUCCAUUUUCCUUCACUUGGAACAUGUGAAAGGGGGUACUCUCUGGUCCCAUAUUCACUCACAGCGCCAUUCCUCUUAUUAUCCUAAUACAUUAAAUCUGAAGUCCAGCUUGGCUUUGGAGCAUGCCAAUGAAGAAGGGCUCACAGCAAGCCCCCGAGGAGCUUAUUCUAGGUCAAGGCAGAGUUGCAACAGCACUGGCCAGAUCACAGCUUGUGUAAAUCACAACACAUCCAGAUAUGCUGAACAGUCGCCACCUCAGGAACAGUCACAUGACCACACCCAUGCCAGACCCAGUAAUGAUUAUAGGUUGCCUAUCAGCCCUGCCACUGGGGGGACUAUUGUUGGAUGGAAGAAUUCAAGUGGGACACCCAGUUUAGCUGGUGCUGCAGAAUCUACUUUCAAGCCAGUGGGUCAGGGACAUAGCCUCUUGGACAACCAAAGGCUGGCUUUGCUGUCACGUGACUCAUUUCACUGCUCCGUACCUGAGAGAGACACUCCUCAGCAAAACCCAAAGCAGCCAACGUAUGAGAGAGCUUAUGUUCCUGUCCCAAAGGUGGCAAAAGGAAACAACUUGCCAAAGACAGAAACUCCUUGCCGCCGCAUACCUAGGCUUAUUCAUUCCCCAGCAACUCUUUCAAGGCAAAGGCAGGCAUGCCCUGGAACUCUCCUACAGAAUUACUGCAGUCUGGAGAAGCAGCUGAGUGAAGCAGAAGUGAAAAAAGGGGGAAGCCUUGCCCAGGAAGACUUGGUACCUGACAAAAAACAGCACAAGCAACAGCCAUCACAAGGACAAUAUGGCCCCCCAGCACAUUGGGCUUCCAGAAAGAAUGGCCCCGGAGCCUGGGGGAUAAAUGAGGAUCAGAUUCAGCUCUGGGCAGCAGAACUGCUUUUGGCUCUGGAGGGUCUCCACCAACAAGGAGUGUUUUGCCAGGAUCUCAACCCACGGAACGUGCUUCUAGAUGUCUCUGGUCAUAUCCGUCUCACAUACUUUGGCCACUGGACUGAGGUAGAGCCGCAGUGUUGCAGCCAAGCGCUAGAAGAAUUGUACUGUGCUCCAGAGGUGGGUGGUAUUUCUGAGCUGACAGAAGCCUGUGACUGGUGGAGUUUUGGAGCACUGCUCUAUGAGUUACUGUGUGGAAUGUCAUUGUCCCAGAAUCACCCCUCAGGGAUUUAUCCUCACACCCAGCUGUACCUUCCAGAAAGACUCAGCCAUUCCGCUUCAUCUCUACUAUUAGAGCUGCUGAAGUAUGAUCCCAAGCAACGUUUGGGCGCUGGAAAAGAUGGCAUGAAAAAGAUCAAGGCACACCCUUUUUUCAGCAGUAUCCAAUGGAACAAGCUGGUUGCAUACUAAAAGCUGAUCAAGGGGAGGGUAUGUGCAUGUU